CUCCACUCCUCUCCUCUCCUCUUUUCUCUUAUGCGUUAAGAACUAAGCUUCUCUUAAUUUAGGCAACACGUUAACGUGGGACGUGCUAUUAUUUCCCCUCCCCUUUCCGCGUCCAAAUAUAAAGCAGAAAUCAAUGGAUUAGGGUUUCAUAGCACACUGCAGGAGGAAGCGGGAUAUAGUGGCGGGGUACAGUGAGUCCCGUCACCAUCUUCAUGGCUUCACUGCCCUCCUACCUCGGCUUCUCUGGCGUUAUGGCGCUUUUGCUUCUUGUGUCGUCGGUACCCGGCGGUGCGCCGGAUCUGGCGGCGGACGCCGCCGCGCUGCUCGCCCUCCGUGCCGCAGUGGGCCGUUUGGUGCUGCCGUGGAACGCGUCGGGCUCACCGUGCUCGUGGCAGGGCGUAGUGUGCGGGUCGGGCCGCGUGACGGCGCUCCGCCUCCCCGGCGUCGGACUCAUCGGCUCCAUCCCCGCCGCUACUGUCGGAAACCUCUCCGCCCUCCGCGUCCUCAGCCUCCGCUACAACGCCCUCUCCGGCGACCUCCCUCCCGACCUCUCCGCCGACUCCGAGCUCCGCAACCUUUACCUCCAGGAGAACCGCUUCUCCGGCGAGAUCCCGCCUGCCCUCGGCUCCCUCAAGAAUCUCGUCCGCCUCAACCUCGCCGGGAACCAGUUCUCCGGCGGGAUCCCGCCGGAGCUCAACAACCUCACCCGGCUCCGCAUACUCUACCUGGAGAGAAACCGGCUCGUCGGGGAAAUCCCCCGCUUCGACCUCCGCAACCUCGCUCAGUUCAAUGUGUCGUUCAACCAGCUCAACGGGUCGAUCCCAUCCAGGCUUCGGGGGUUUCCGGCGAGCGCGUUCUUGGACACGGCCCUCUGCGGCCGGCCGCGCGGCCCGUGCCCCGGCGAGAUCGCGCCGUCUCCAGCAGCGCAGGGGCCGGCGGGAGGAAAUUCCGGCGGCGGAGCCGGGAGCGACAAAAAGAAUCUCUCCGGUGGGGCCAUCGCCGGGAUCGCCGUCGGGUCCGCUGCCUUCGUCCUGAUCCUGCUGAUUCUGUCCAUACUCCUCUGCCGAAGGUGCGGGAAGAGCAAGACGAGGUCGCUAGUGGCGGUGGAAGCGAGAGGAAACGAGCCGGAGCCCGUAGCGGCGGCGGCUGAACGGGAGAAGGGAUCUGGGGAAGGAGGGAGCGGGAACGGCCAGCCGGCGAAGCCUGCGGCUGGGGAGAAGAAGCUGGUGUUCUUCGUGGGCAGCGGGGCGCCGCGGUUCGACCUGGAGGACCUGCUGCGCGCGUCGGCGGAGGUGCUGGGGAAGGGGACGUUCGGGACGGCGUACAAGGCCGUGCUGGAGAUGGGCACGACGGUGGCGGUGAAGAGGCUGAGAGACGUGGCCUUCACGGAGACCGAGUUCCGGGAGAAGGUGGAGCUCAUCGGGGCGAUGAACCACCCCAAUCUGGUGCCGCUGCGGGCGUACUACUACAGCAAGGACGAGAAGCUCCUGGUGUACGACUACCUCCCCUUGGGAAGCCUCUCCGCCCUCUUACAUGGGAACAGGGGAUCCACGAGAACGCCGCUCGACUGGGAGACGAGAACGGGCAUCGCGCUCGCAGCGGCGCGCGGCAUCGAGUACAUCCACUCGACGUCGCCCUCGGCCGCGCACGGCAACAUCAAGUCCUCCAACAUCCUGCUCGCCGCCACGCGCGAGGCCCGCGUGUCCGACCACGGCCUCGCCCUCCUCGCCGGGCCGCAGUCCUCCCCCGCACGCGCCGCAGGCUACCGCGCCCCGGAGGUCACCGACACCCGCAGGGUCUCCCAGAAGGCCGACGUGUACAGCUUCGGCGUGCUCCUGCUGGAGCUGCUCACUGGCAAGUCACCAGGACAAGCCCUCUCCAACGACGACGACGGCGGCGGCGUCGACCUGCCGAGGUGGGUGCAGUCGGUCGUUCAAGAGGAGUGGACGGCGGAGGUGUUUGAUGUGGAGCUGCUGAGGCAGCAAGACGCAGAGGAGGAGAUGGUGCGGCUUCUGCAGCUCGCUGUCGACUGCGCAGCUCAGUACCCGGACAAGCGACCUUCCAUGGCCGAGGUUGUCGCCCGGAUACAGGAAAUCCGGAGCUCGAGCAACAGUGGCGACGGGAUCGAAGAGGGUGAUGAGCAUUCGUCGAGGACGGAUGCCAUUGCCGAAUCUUAGGCUUUCUUAAUUUCUUGUGAUCGAGCACACUCUGUUAUUGCUGUUCUGAUUAGAUUAUGGAUUGUGCUGUGAAAUGUGUGGAUAUAUUUGGUGCUGAUGCUGUAGGAAUUAUCAUUCAUACAAUUAUUUUUGUUUGCAUU